AUGGCAGCCACACUAUCAACCACCAUGGCCAUGCUUAACGCCAAGUGCAUGACAUCCGCCAAACCCUCUAAACCAACCCCCAACAAACCCAUCUCUCUCAUCUCCGUCCAAAACCUUCCCAAAUCCCUAACCUCCUCAAAACCCGCCACCAUCUCCCUCACCGGAACCGCCAUCGCCGGAGCAAUCUUCUCCACCUUGAACUCAUGCGACCCUGCUUUUGCCGUACAACAGAUCGCCGACAUUGCAGAAGGAGACAACCGUGGAAUCGCUCUUCUCUUACCUCUCGUUCCAGCCAUCGCAUGGGUGCUGUACAACAUCUUUCAACCUGCGGUUAACCAGAUCAACAAGAUGAGGACCAAAGGAGUGGUGGUUGGGCUUGGAAUCGGUGGUGGUUUAGCCGCAUCUUCUGGGCUGUUGGCUACGCCGGAGGCCGCCGCCGCCGCUGAAGCCGCUGCUAACGACAAUAGAGGGCAACUUCUUUUGAUUGUUGUCGCACCUGCUAUUCUUUGGGUGCUCUACAACAUUUUACAGCCUGCUCUUAACCAGAUCAACAAAAUGAGAAAUUGA